CGCGCUGCCCGCCCUCCCGGCGGCCGGCGGGAACGCCCGCCUCCCCGCACCUCCCUGCGGCCGCUUCUCCCCACCGGCCGCUAGUCCCAGCCCCGCGCGGCGGAGGGACACAGGCCGCGCGCUGGCUGUUCGAUAUUUUUGGCGCGUAAAAGUUGGAGCAGGCUGUUUUGCCGGCACGGAUUGGCCCGCCGGCGCGCGCCGACCCCGCCCCCUCCGCCGCUUCCCGCCGGCAGGAGGCGGAGCCGCCGCUUAAAGGGGCCGCUCUUCCCCGCGGCAGCGGUAGUGGCUUCUCGCCGUUCCGCACUCCGCCAGAGGGGUCCCCGGGUGAGAGGGCCCGCGCCGCCCAGCCCCCUGCCCGCCGCUCCGCCGGUGCCUGGGAGCGCCUGGUGCGAGCUGGGAUGGCGGCCCCGCCGCGCGGCUGCGUUUCCUCGGGGAAGGCGUAGCCGGUGGCUCCCGCCGCUCCCCGCACUUCCUGUGCCGCCCUCACUCACCCCCCCUGCCGAGGCCGGCUAUGGCGCGGCCGGCGGCCGCCUACGAAGCGGCGGUGCCGCCCCGCCCCGCCUGCGCCUACACCAGCUGCUACUGCGAAGAAAACGUUUGGAAACUUUGUGACUACAUCAGGAGUCAGGAUCAAUACCCUUUAGAAGAAUUUUAUGCUGUUUUCAUAUCCAAUGAUAGGAGGAUGAUUCCACUGUGGAAGCAGAAAUCAGGACGUGGAGAUGAGCCUGUUGUCUGGGACUACCAUGUUAUUCUACUUCAUGUUUCCAGUGGGGAGCAGAACUUCAUUUAUGAUCUUGACACAGUGUUGCCAUUUCCGUGUCCUUUUGACGUGUACAGCGUGGAGGCCUUUAGGUUGGAUGACAGCCUUCGUCCAGAAUUUCACAGGAAAAUCAGAAUGAUUCGAGCAGAUUUGUACUUGAAGACGUUUGCUUCAGACAGAUCUCAUAUGAAAGAUGCAAAUGGGAAGUGGCAGAAACCUCCUCCUUCAUACCCUUGUAUUGAAACUGCAGAUUCCAAGAUGAACUUGGAUGAUUUCAUCAGUAUGAAUCCCAAAGUGGGAUGGGGCUCAGUGUUUCCCCUUCCGGACUUUGUGCAUCGAUUUGGCAGCCAGACCGAUUACAGCUACUCCUUGGAAGGACAGUGAAGUGAACAAAGUUCUCCCUGCUUCUGUUUUGAGUGGGUGUGUUUUGUUUUGCUGCUCUUACGUUGUAUUUAUGGUUUACAUUUCUUUAGAUGGAAUAAGUACUUGGGCAAAUAGAAUACCCAACCAGAAAUAUCAUGAACUGAAUAAAAACUUUUAUUUUGAUUA